GGAAGGGCUUCCCAGAGGGCUCUGGGGUCUGCACCUGGGGCCGUCGCCCCUCCCCCACACCAUCCCCCAACAUGCUCGGGCCCCUUCAGCCUCAGACGGCUCCCACGACCUUUGGGAAAAAGCAAGGUUGGACCACCACCCACCCCUCUCCUGGGAGUGUUCCCAGUCUCCACCGCCAGCACUACCCCCACCAGCUCCCAACUGCCUGUCCCUUGACGAGAAGGCAAUGUUUAUCGAGCUCUAAAGUGCCCUCAAAUCGCUUGUGAUCUUGUUAACAUGACUAUUGUGGUUCAGGUGCUCUGGGUGGGGCUGGGCUUCUUCACUUCUGACAAGCACUCAGGUGAGGCUGACUCAUCCUAGGGAUGGCAGGAACAGCCAAGAGACUUUUGGUGUUAGUCAGAUUGCCCUGGGCUCCUUUCCUGAACUGCCUCAUCCAGCCUCAGGCUUCUCAUCUGUCACCAUCACUGGCUGGCAGGAUAGUUUGCCCUUCAUCUGCUGAACAAACAUCCCCUGGGCGCCGACUUGUUUAUCGCCCACUGUUGUAUCCACUGGGGAUUCACCGUGAAUAUGUCAGGGCCUGCUCUCAAGGUGGGGGUGGGGGUGGGGUGUCAACCAAUAACCAAACAGCACCUUAGCAGCGUGAUAAAUGCCCCCAGGGAGACAAAACAGGUCAAAUGAGGAGGUGCUCUGAUGGGGAGGGCAGAGGACUGGGGCAGCCUGAGACCCACCAUCCUAUUAAUAUUUGGGCUUGGGGUGGGCUUAGGAGAAAGUGAUGUGUAAGGUAGACGCGGAAGAUUAGGAAGAAGGGGACAGAGAAAAGAGUGGAGCAAAGAGCAAGCAGGAAGGACAAGGGAGGUCUCGGAAUCAGAGCGGGUGUGGUGGCUCCGAGGGGUGGAGCUGGAGGUGUCAGUCCUGGUCAGGUCACCAAGGCCUGCCUUUGAAGAAAAUGGACUUUCUCCUAGAGCAGUGGGGGGCCUGGGAGGGGGAUUGAGUGGUCAAGCGGCAUCAUCAUUUUUAUUAAACUUCUAUUCAAUAAGUAUCUAUUGAGUGCCAAGCAAAAGCCAAGUAGUGGAGCACACAUGUACAUGUCACAGUAUCUACCUUUAAAGCACUCACCUUCUGACUAGGGAAGCAGGUAUAUAGAAUUCAGGGAAAUAAACUUAAUAAUAGAAACCAGCCAAAACACAGAUUUAUGUAUAGAUGCUUCUUUCAAAGUUGCGGCAUAGUCAUAUUUGUAUGUGGGAAACAUGUUCCUAAGUGGGACUGUACUGGCCAGGAUGGAUUGGGACGCCUGUGAAGUGAUGGCAGCCCUUCCCCCCACCCCGCUGGAAAAGUGUAGAAUGAGGAACAGAUGAGACUCUAAGAAAGUGCCUGGCGAGCCUAGCUCUAUCAAUUGUGUUAUUCUAGGAGUCAGAGUGGGUGGGAAUAGAGUGGAAGCCACAGGUUCUUUAGCAGCCUCUCAUUCAGUAGUAAAACCGAUGGCAUAGACAGGGAGGGCUUGGCUGCAGGGGACUUUGAUUGGGGGGGGGGUCAUCUGUCUGGAGUGAGGAGUGGCCUCGCUGGGAUCUGGCCUCAAGUCGCAGACCUUGGAUGGGGAGGGAGAGGACUGCCGUCUGUCGCAGCUUCAACGCCUUUUGCAUGUUCCUUCGGUGGUGUAAUGAGUGACCAAACCAGUUGUGGAGACCCCAUCCGCCGGCCCUGCCUCUGCAACAGCGCCCAACGCCCGGCUGUGUGUCUCUGCCAGCGACCAAAGCGGACACUGCCCAGCGCCUGGAGCGGCAGCCUGGGCCGAAGCUUCGUCCCAGCGUAAUCGCCCGCCGGCCAGGCGCGGCCCGCCCCUGCAAACGCAGCCCCGCGAAGCCAUUACACCACCCAGGACAUGCAAAUAGCGCCCCCCCCCCCGGCGACCGUCGCAGGAGCCCGGCCAGAGGGAGACGCGCCCCCCUCCCCUCUCUUGUCUUCCCCGCCUUAGCUGACGGCCGCCAGCUCGUGCUGCUACCCCCGCGAGGGCUGGAGGUACUCCCGAGAGCACAACGCCAUCCUCGGGCCCUUCGGGGAACUCAUGACCGAGGCCGACAUCCUUCGCAUCGAGCAGCAAAUUGAGAACCUGCAAGUGCUGCACAAGGCGCAGAAGCUGGAGGCGCGCCUGGAGCAGCUGGAGCUGGAGCUGGAGCAGCUGCUGCCCAUCUCGGCCGCCCUGUCGGCACCGCGCUUCACCGUCGACCCGCGCCGCAUGCACGGCCGCGCCGCCAGCCUGCCCGCCUGGUGCAGCAAGAUCUCCGUGCUGCUCAAGAGCAUGGCCUCGCUGCUGGCCGCGCUGGGCGGACGGCCGGCACACCCGGCUGAGCUCCUGGCUGCCGACACGGGCCAGCCGCUGCCGCCGCUGACUGACGCCCCCUGGCGGCCAGGCCCGCUCUGCCUGGGCCGCUCGCAUUCGCUCAGCUGGUGCCGCGAGGCCGUGGCGCGCGAGAUCCUCGAGUGCGGUGUCUCAGUGCGGCACCUCCGCGCCACGUAUGAGCGACGCGCCCAGGGCUCGGAGCCCCCGCGCGGCCCGCGCCAGAAGCUGUCGCUGCCUGCCAGCGCGCCGGACCGUGAGCCCAUCCUCGAGGAGGACUACGCGGCGGCCAGCUCCAGCGAGCCGAGCGCCGCCGUCGCCGCCACCACCAACGGCCUGCCGGCAGCGGGCGAGUCCGUGGGCGUCCUGGAUGCUCCCGAGGCGCCGGGCCGCCAGGCGGCGCUGCCAGGGCCAGAGCAGCUGGCGCGCAGGCAGACGUCCUCCACCGAGCGGCGCGGCGUCCAGGACUACAUUGACAUGCGCAAGGAGCGCAUCGUCUACCUCUUCCUGGAGCACUGGCGCAAGUGGACCUUUCGCGGCCCCGGGCACCACGCCCAGAUGCGCCUGCGCAGACUCCUGCCCCGCGUGGUGGCUGCGGGCCCCGCCGCCGACCCCAGCCCCGAGGCUGCUGCUGUCUCCCGGCCGCCGGCGGGCGAUGGCCCGGACGAGCGGCUGCUGCGCCUGCUGAAGCAGCGGCAGGUGGUGGGCAAGCUGCUGGGCCACUGGCGGAGCCUGCUACGGCAGGUGCCGGCGCGGCAGCCCCGUGGCCGGGCCCUGGCGCACGGCUUGUACUGGCCCGAGCACUUCCUGCCGCCCCUCGACGGCGGCGCGCCCCGGCGCUACGACAGCCUCACGUUGGACCUCUUCAUGCUCGGCUACUUCCAGCUGCUCGAAAUGGGCCUGAGCCGCGAGGAGCGCAAGUUCCGCCACCUGCUGUGCUACGAGAUGUUCGAUCGGCUGGGCAGCCACCCGUGGGAGCUCAUCCGUCUCUUCCACCGCGUGGUGAUCGAGGAAGUGGAGGCCGGCCGGCGCAGCUGGAGCGACGGAUUCGAGGACCUCAGACGACAGUUCUUCGAAGACAGCCUGGAGGCUGAACCGGCCCGGGGAGAAGAGGCGGAGAAGGAGCAAAAGGAAGGGACAGAUAAGGAUGAGAGGGAACCGAUGGAAGAGGCCAGUACAGCUCAGGCAGGGAACUGGCCAGAGAGGCAGCCCGAGGCGCCGGCCCCUGCGCGGCUGCCCCCGCCUUCACCCCCGCCCGCGCCUCCCCCAACGUCGGUCCCUCCUAGUUCCGAAGACCCCCUGGAGCUGGUGUCUGAGAUGGGCGAGUUCAGCAAUGAGGACAUCUGCCGGUACAUCGACCGGAGCUUCUCCUUCUGGAAGGAGAAGGAGGCAGAGCUCUUUGAUAUCUGAGCCAGAGGAUCCGGAAUUAACCCUCAAGUGUCUUUACCUGGGCGUGGAUGCCUGUCUGAUCCCCUCCAGAAGCGGCAGGAAGAAACCAGGACAGGACGAAUGGCCUCGGAAAAGCCAGAGUGUCCAGGACCAGGCUGUUUCAGCCUUUAGUGGCCGAUUGUGGGGUGUUGGUAGGAAUCGGCAGGGCAGAGCACAGGGUCAACCAGGUGUCCCCCUCUGGCUCUGCAGCAAUGCCUGGCUCCAUGUGGAGCCAGGUGGAAACAGCAGCCCCUGUGAGUGGGGAACUGUGGGUCCCCCUUGGGGCCCUGUGGCUCUCAUUUUUCACUGGAGUUCAGAGCGACCUCUUUGGCUGAGGUCAGGGGAGCCACAUGUGCAGUGUUUAUUUGACGUGUCCAGACUCUUUCUCCUAUGUAACAUGCAAGUAAUAAAACUCUUCGCUGUAA